CGCCCGCCGCCGCGCUUCGGUCUCCCCUCGCCCGUCGCCGCGUCUCGCCUCCUCUCGCAGCCCUUAGUUCCCCGCCCCCACUGCCUGAACCCCGAGACCCCGACCCAGUCAAGAUGUCCGAGGCGGCAGGAAACCUCAAUAGCCUUCGCAUGGCGAACGUAGCCUUGCGGGAAGAGUUAAAUGCCCUUCGCGGGGAGAAUGCCAGUUUGGGCCUUCAGCUUGGGAGAGCCCUGGCCGAGGUCAAUUCCUUGAGGGGCAAUGUCGCGACCUACAUCCGCUGGCCGGUGCCCAUAGUGCCCGUACUGGCCGAGGAGAACUUUGAGUUCCCGCUCAAUGAGAGCGACUCCGUGCCCGAGGCGGGAGAGGUGCCCUUCCUGUGCUGGCCUCCCCCGCGCACCGAUUCCGAGUACGUCUCGAACGAUCUUUUGAUUAACGUGGUCCAGGACUACAUCACCCCCGAGGGGUCCGCGGAGCCGCCCCUGCCCGCCAGCCCGCCCCCGCAGGAGCUGCCCUCGCCGGCGCCGAAGGAGCCGCCCCCACAGCCCCUUCUGCCACCCCUGGAGCGGCCCGACAUAGAGCCCUUUUCAGGCAACCCAGUCUACCUGGCCGAAUUCCUGAUGCAGCUAGAGACCUUCAUAGCUGACCAUGAGGAUCAUUUCCCCGGGGGCGCCGAGCGGGUGGCCUUUGUGAUCUCCUUUUUCACUGGAGAAGCUAGGGACUGGGCCAUCUCAGUCACCCAGGAAGGAAGCUCCCUGCAUGCCAACUUCCCGCGCUUCCUGGAUGAAAUCCGUAAGGAAUUUGGUGGCCUCAUCCCCCCACGCGUGGCUAAAAGGGCCAUACGCAAGCUCAAGCAGGGAGAUUGUACCGUGAACAGCUACGCUGAUGCUUUUCAGUACCUGGCGCAAUUCUUGUCUUGGGAUGACUGCCGCCUCCAAAACCAGUUUGUCAAAGGCCUGUCGGAAUUCUUCCAAAAGGAGCUCUUAUGGUCAGCUGAAAUGGCCGACCUGGAUGAGCUGAUUCUUGAGUGUGUGGAGAUAGAAAGAAAAGUGCGUGUUCCCAAGCCAGUCCUGCUCCCUGAGGUUCAUGAUGUCGUUUUCCCUUUUGAUCCAAAUGCUAAUGAGGAUGAAAUUGGGGGUGAAGAGCGCUACAGUGAGGAUGAGGACGGAGAGGCAUGUAGGAGUGGGCUUUACCUGAACGACGAGCCCAAGCACAUGAGGGUUUUCCAGCAGAUGGAGGAGGAGGAGGAGGAAGAGGAGGAGGAGGAAGAGGGAGAGGAGGAGGAAGAGGAGGAGGAGGAGGAGGAAGAGGAAGAGGACGAAGAGAUGAGGAAGGAGGAGGAAGAGAUGAAGGAGGAGGAGGACGAAGAGGAGGAGGAGGACUAUGAUUUUGAGGAUGAGGAGGACCAGGAGGAUGAGGAGGACGAGGAGGAUGAGGAGGAUGAGGAAGAUGAAGAAGAGGAGGAAAAGGAGGAUGAGGAGGAGGAUGAGGAGGAGGAUGAGGACGAGGACGAGGACCUGCAGCAGCUGAUGCAGAUGGAGAUGACGGAGGAGCCUGUCCUUGUUGACACUUCAACCCAAACCAUUAGCUCUGCAAUAUACCAUGCUGAGAAUUUCCUGGAUGAAUCUCCUCCUAUCCAGCCUAGACGCAGGAACCAGAAUCGCAUUCCCCUUCUGGAGGGCCUUCCAGGUACCAAUUCGCCUUUCUACAGCUCGCCACCACUGAUUCGUCGUGCAAGUCGCAUGGGGCAACGCCAAAUUCGAAGACGUCCCCCUGUGCUCUUCCGCCUCACUCCGAGACAGGUGGGCCACCGAGCUUCUCGUGGCCGAAUCCGAGUGUGAGUGCUGGGGCCACCCAGAACACACCCUUCUACUGCGUCCCCUGUCCCCGCUAUUGCUGCCACACGUGCCCCAUCUACUGACCAGUUCUUAAAGGUGUUCCAGAUCUGUACAACCCGAAGAAGACUUGCAGAAUUGCAGAGCGUCUUGCAACCUGACCAGAGAGUGACAUGUGCCCAACCAAGGCCACCUGGGAAAGGAAGGACAACAGUAGUUGUCCUGUCGUGCAUACUCUGCUCGGUACCGCCACAAGCUGAAGAGCAGAUUUCUGUCCCCAUAAGUGAACUGGUCACCCUUUUGUAUUCCUCUCUAGUUUUCCCCAGCCCUCACUCUGCUGUGUUUCUUCGCCCUGUGUUCUACAGUUUUAUCCUCUGACUGGCUCACCGGGACUUCACCCAAUGCCUCACUGAUCUGCCCCAGUGAUUAAAAGGACAGGCUACACUGAACUCCUAAAGGUACUGAGGUCAUUUGCUAGGUGAAACUGACAGCGAGCAGGAUGGCACCAAGAAAAUGCUUAUUUCAUGCCAUAUUCCAGCGAAAGGGCCUGCAAGAGGACCCCACACUUAGCCCAGUGGACAACUUGACUGAAACUUAUUCUUGACGGACUGGCAAACCCAGUCCAUUCCCAGCACCUGAGUUUACCUUCCUCCAGACUUCUGUGGCAGGGCCCUUGGACCAGCUUGGCCAAACCUGGGGCUCUCUCCUCUUUCUACACAGGCCUGCUGACUGUCCCUGCGGCAGAGUUCAACGUGUUAGCCUCCACCCCUUGCCUUGAUUUUGCCUAAAGGUAGAAUCAGCUGGGGGUUGGGAAUAGGAAGUGGAAGAGAUCACACAACUCAGUUUGGCAUUCUAAGAGUGGCUUUCUCCUUAGGGAUGGAGGUCUGCCCCAUCGCCAGGCCUCAGACUACAGCCCCCAGCCAGAGGUCUGUGCAGGCGACUUCCUGUCCUGAGCUUUCAGAGGAGGCCAACUGUCCUUUCCUUCCAGGACAGCCAGAGACAAAGAGGCAGGAGAGAGGAAGGUUGGCUCCGCAGAGACUGCCCACUGCAGCCUCGUGGCUGGGACAUCCCUGUGGCUCUCAUGAGGGGUCACCCCUGGCCUGCCACCGUGCAUCAGGCAAACACCGAGGCUGAAGGGUAUGGCUGCCUCCAAGGCACUCCUAGGUGCCUCUUCUAAAGAGACCUGCUGCUCGCCCUGGGUCCAGAAAACACUGCUUUUGCAGUGAAAAAUGGACAUUUACUAUGUUAGCUCUGGCCACAAAACGCCAGCCAAAUCGGCAGCUGGCCCAAACUGCCCCUGGACACUGAACUUUCUGUGCGGUGCCUGGCACCUGGGCAAGUGCAGCCAAAGUGUCUGUGGCCAGAGGGGAGAAAACAUAGUAAAAGAAGUCUCUGUUCCUAGCUGGAGUCUGACAGGUAACCUCAGCCCAGCCUAGGAGAUUGGGCCUGGAGGCCAGAGGAAGGAACUGGAGGAAGAGGAGUCACAGAGAGACCCAGUCCUCAGACUGGUUUUGGGUGAGAUCUCUAUUCAUCAGUAGGAGCUUAUUUCCUCAGGAGGGAGUUCCGGAAGAGGAACUGCUACUCUUCAAGCCUGCGGACCCCGUUGCUGAUGUUGACCCGCUGGUCCUGCCGCCCAUGUGCCGGUGGAGAAGUGCAGUGAACAGGUGCCUUGCACCCUCACUUCCGGGGAGUCAUCAGCGCAGGCCCUGCCUGUUCCCACAGUGCUUCUCACCCUGAACCCUUGUAGCCUCAGCCAGGGAGAAAGCAGAUGAGCAGUGAGCUGGUUUUCAGGCCUCUGGGGACAGAGGGGGGUUGGGCUUCCCUUCGACCCUCUCCCCACUUUCCUAGAUCUUCAAUAUUUGUUGUGAUGUGACAGCCACAAGAGCUGUAACAACUGUGGGCUUUGGGUGCCUCCUUGUUAAGAGGGUGGGGGGUGGGGGGUGGGGGUGGGGAUGCAUGCAGGGGUAUGGAGGCAGCCCAAGAAGCCUGAGGAGGAAACUCCUCCAAAAUAAAUGUGUUAUUGUUAUUAUUGUGUUAUUGUAUUAUUGUGUUGUGAAGAUAACAAAUUACUCUGUACGCUAAUGCUUUCUCUCCUCAAUAAAAAUAUAAAGGGUGUGUAAA